AAAAUUUUCUAAUUAUCUGUUUUAUCUUAAGAAAGAGAUAUAUUACUUUCACCACUGGGAUUCAAAGAUCAUAUUGCCAAACAAUGGAACUCCCCUUCAACUUCAUUGCCUUCUUUCUUUUCCUUGCCUUUGUCUUAUGUUUAAUCAAGGAAUGGAAGAGAUCCAAAGCAGCCCAAAAGCUUCCACCAUCUCCUUUAAAGCUACCUGUUAUUGGAAACAUGCACCAUUUGGUCGGUUCCCCACCCCAUCACGCUCUAAGAAAAUUAGCUAGGCAACAUGGAGCUCUGAUGCACCUUCAACUCGGUGAAAUUUCUUCAAUCGUUGUAUCAUCGCCACAUUUGGCUAAAGAGAUCAUGAAAACUCAUGAUCUUGCCUUCGCGAAUCGGGCAGAAUUUCUAACGAGCAAGAUCUUAAUGUAUAACAGCUCAGACAUUGCUUGCUGCCCAUACGGUGACUACUGGAGACAAAUGCGAAAAAUUUGCACUCUGGAACUCCUUAGUGCUAAAAAUGUCCGAUCUUUUGGCUCCAUCAGGCAAGAUGAGGCUUCGCAUCUUGUGGCAUCUGUUCAGGCUUUAGCUGCUGCUGGAAAACUAGUUAACAUAAGCGAGAAACUGUACUCGUACACGAGUUCUAUGGUUUGCAGAGCAGCAUUUGGGAAAGUAAGCAAAGACCUUCACCGUGAAUUCUUACAGCUAACGAGUGAAUCAGCACCCCUUUCAAGUACCUUCGAUAUUUCUGAUCUGUUUCCAUCUUUCAAGAUUCUUCAUCCCCUCCUUUCGGUCAAGAGCCAACUGGUUAAGAUCCAUCUUAAGAUGGAUAAACUGCUUGGCAACAUAAUUGAUCAGCACAUCGACAACCUAGCCAGAACAAAUAUGGCCACUGGUGAAUCCGGCAAUGAAGAUCUAAUUGAUGUUUUACUUCGAGUUAAAGAAAGCGGUGACCUUCAAUUUCCAAUCGCCAAUAAUAACAUCAAGGCUAUUGUAAUAGACGUGUUUUCAGCCGGAACUGAAACUUCAUCCACGACUGUGGAAUGGGCUAUGUCAGAGAUGGUUAGAAAUCCAAAUGUUAUGGCCAAAGCUCAAUCUGAAAUAAGGACAGCCUUCAAGGGAAAGAAAAAAAUUGAAGAAACUGAUAUUCAAGAAUUGAAGUACCUAAAGUUAGUGAUCAAAGAAACUCUUAGGUUACAUCCUCCAGUCCCUUUGCUAGUUCCUAGAGAAUGCAGGGAGGAAUGUGAAAUUGAGGGAUACACCAUUCCCGUCAAGACAAGAGUCUUAGUCAAUGCCUGGGCAAUAGGGAGAGAUCCUGAGUAUUGGGAUGAUCCGGAGAGUUUUAAACCAGACAGAUUCAAAACCAAUCCAGUUGAUUUCACAGGAACUCACUUCGAGUAUCUACCGUUUGGUGCAGGCAGGAGGAUGUGCCCUGGAAUUUCAUUUGGCUUAGCUAAUGUUGACCUUCCUUUAGCUCUUCUGCUUUACCACUUCAACUGGAAACUCCCGAAUGGCCUUGAUCCCUGUGACUUAGACAUGUCAGAGACAGUAGGAAUAACAGCAUCAAGAAAAGAUAGCCUUCGUUUGCUAGCCACAUCAUAUGAUCCUUAGCUUCAAAAGCCAUAUUAAGCUUCUGUGGAUUCAACACAUGAGCUGCGACUGGGCUCUCAUGAUUCUGUCACAUUUUCGAUUCUCGAUUUUAAUUUGCUAUCAAUAUAUUAUGGGGCAUAUGUUCUGUUUAUGUUUGAAAUACAAUUGUUGUUGAUAGAAGAUGUAAUUUCAACCUAAGCCUUGAUAAGGCUAAAGCAUAGCUGUCUUUGAUUACAACACUCGAGUAUG